CUCUCUCCUCUCCGCCUCUUCUACUCCCAAAUCCCCUACUACCUCCAUUGCCCCUCUCUCGCCUCGCCGCCGCUGCUGUUUUUCCGGGCUGUUCGCCGGCGCCGGCAUUGGGGGCGACCGCCGCCGAUCUCGUCGUCUCCUUCCCUGGUGUUGGUUGUGACCGUAUACAAUUAUUGUUUCUGGAGCUGAGCGAUCCGACGCAUGAGCCCUCCUCUUAAAUGAUCUCUGUCCACCAUGGCGAUGAAACAAAUGCAGGAUCUUCCCGCUUAAUGGGCUGGAUGCGUUGUAUGCACGUUUGCAGUGACAAGAAGACAUUGAAACGUUGGUUUUUUAUUGACAAGAGGGUUGGUUGAGUGUGUAAGUCUUAAGGAAUCCUACAAUCUGCUUGGUUGCUCUUGUGUUCUUAGUAACUGUUUUUACAACAACUCUGAGAAGGAGGGUUCUGUUGAUGGAUUUGAAGACCAUCAACUCUCCUGUUCUUGCUGAUCCUCUCCCUAAAUUGGCCUUGCCUUCUGCUGUGAUGACGUACACUACACCUACGAGUUUCCCCUCUACGGGGCUCUAUUUGAACACUCCAAAGAAAAAGCCUCUGCCUGGAAAGAUUGAAGAGGUCCGGGCUGCUGGAUGGCUGGACCUCAUGCUGGCCUCCUCGCCUACUCGCAAGAGGCAAAGCAAGGACUUUGUCAAUGAUGUUCAAGCUGAUGACCUUGAACAAUACAGUCAUUGGGUGGUGAACCAUCCAUCUGCUUUAACUUCGUUUGAGAAUAUUGCCAAUCUUGCUAGAGGUAAAAGAUUGGCACUGUUCCUUGAUUAUGAUGGAACUCUUUCACCGAUUGUGGACAAUCCUGAAAAUGCAGUAAUGUCUGACGAGAUGCGCUCUGCUGUGAAGCAUGUGGCUUCACUUUUUCCCACCGCAAUCAUUAGUGGAAGAUCUCGUGAUAAGGUUUUUGACUUUGUGAAACUAACUGAACUGUAUUACGCUGGAAGUCAUGGAAUGGACAUCAUGGGGCCUGUCAGGAAGUCUGAAUAUAGUGGCCAGCAUGUGGAAUGUAUCAGGUCCACUGAUUCAGAGGGUAAGGAGGUCAAUCUCUUCCAACCUGCAAGUGAGUUUUUACCUAUGAUCAGUGAGGUCUACAAAAAGCUCGGUGAAAGUAUCAAGGACAUUGAUGGUGCAAGGAUGGAAGAUAACAAAUUUUGUGUGUCAGUGCAUUACCGUAAUGUAGCACCCCAAGACUACGGAGAAGUUCAUCAACGUGUGACUGCCAUUCUGAAGAAUUACCCUUGUCUAAGGCUAACCCAUGGAAGAAAGGUUCUUGAGGUUCGACCUGUGAUAGACUGGAACAAGGGGAAAGCUGUAGAGUUUUUGCUGGAGUCACUUGGACUAUGUGGAAAAGAAGAUGUUCUUCCUAUCUAUGUUGGAGAUGACAAGACUGAUGAGGAUGCAUUCAGGGUUCUGAAGGCAAAUAACCUUGGCUUUGGAAUUUUGGUGUCAUCUGUGCCCAAGGAUACUGAUGCUUUCUACUCCUUACAGGAUCCAGCUGAGGUGAUGGAAUUUCUGAAUAAACUGGCGACCUGGAAGGAGGGAUCCACUUCUUAAGCAGAAAGGAGGAACGAUACCAGUUUUUGCAGUUCUGGAGAAAAUACCAACUAUAAAUACGAGCAAUAUAUAUACUGCUAACUAAUAAGUCUGGCCAAAAUGUUUUUUUGAUUUGGCAUUCUAUAUAAGAGGCUCUCUCAACCACUCUUUUUUGGUCCACUGUCAUCUCAUGGAUUCCAAGACAUUUCAUUCUUUCAUUAGUUCUGUUCCUUUAGUAUAUAUCAAUAUAAAUAUAUGCUGAAAAUUUUUUUGGUUCCUGCUAGCGUGUCCCUGUCGCUUGGUUUUGGCUCUAGGCAAUUUGUUUAUUCUACCGGCAAUGUUAUAAACAACUGGUACAUUUGUUCUUUAGUACGCUUCAACGUUUUGUAGCUGUCAGUGUGCCCAUCCAAAGUCAACUUGUGCGCAUUGGCCCUACAAAUUACUGUAAUCAGAACGAGAAUUGAUACUAAUUGUAUAUGUACCUCAGGCUGGAAUCUUAUGCUCAUUUUAAUUCAAAAACAAUUGGGUGGCGUUGCAGAUGAACUCAGGAACGAUGGUGACCUUUUUG